AUGCGUACUUCAUUCGCCAUCGUUGCCAUCAUCGCCUCUCUCGCUAGCUCUGUCCUCGCUGGUGGCCCAGAAAUCUGCACCAACAACAAGGACGGCUCCGGUGGAACCAACUACCAAGUUACUAAAGACUGCUGCGCCGCCGUCAAACAAAAGGCCUAUUUUAACGAGCUCUCCCACCAGUGCAUGGGCUACGGAGGUCCGCUCGACAAUGCUGUCGACACCGGAAAGAUGGUUGAAUGCUGCAGUAGCCGUGGGGCUGGUAGCAAAGCCGUUUAA